UCCUGGAAGAGCUUUCAAAUUUGGCAGCAGCUAUGAAAGCGGAUUGGGACGUUGUGAUGAAAGAUCUUCAGUUAGACUCCAAAUCGUUGAAGUUGGAAAGCACUGAUCAGUUGGGAUACUUUUAUCGAGUCACCAUGAAAGAUGAAAAGACGUUGAGGAACAACAGCAAGUACAAGAUGAUCGAUGCUAACAAAGCGGGUUUCAGGUUUGCAUCAGGAACUCUGAAGAGGCUGAAUGCCGAGUACAUGACUGCAAAAAAGUCGUACAAUGAACAAGAAGUCACGAUUGUCAAAGAACUCUGCAAAGUUGCUGUGACUUACCUCGAUACCAUGCAAGCAAUUAACGACAUCACGGCAGAAUUGGACAUUUUGUGCGCUUUUGCAGCAGCUGCGACAUCAGUGCCAAUCCCGUAUGUUAGGCCGAAGAUACUUCCGGCUUCCGAG